AUGGCGUUAUUCUACCACGACCCAGAAUUUCGACAAUUUGAAAACCAAAUUUCCAAUGUAUUUACAAAUUUUUUCACUGAUCUGGACACAGCUAAACGCGGCGGAAGUGUUCGUGCUGGUGCUCGUGGCGCAAAUAGCGGUUCGUCUUGGAUUCCUCCACUUGAUGUCUACGAAACAGAUAAGGAGUUUGUAGUGAAUGCCGAAUUAGCUGGUGUUCCAAAAGAGAACGUAAACGUCGAUGUACACAAUAACGUACUUCAUAUCUCUGGUGAAACAAAACAAGAUCAAAAACACAAAGAAGGCAAUGUUCAUAUCCAAGAACGUCGCUUCGGCAAGUACUCGCGUAGUAUCACGCUACCAUCGAAUGUCAAGUCCGAUGAAAUUGCUGCGAAAUUCGAUCAAGGUGUAUUGGAAGUAAAGAUUCCGAAAGCGGAGAAUGCAAUUCCAAAGAAAAUUACUAUUCAAUAA